AUGAAUUGUGCCAUCCAGAAGGCAGAAGUGCUGGAUGGGGCUCAUUUAAUGCAGAUCCUCUGGCAUGACGGUGAAGAGUCCUUCUACCCAGCCGUGUGGCUGAGAGACAACUGCCAGUGCCCCAACUGCUACCUGGAUUCUGCAAAAGCGCGAAAACUUCUCGUGGAAGCUCUUGAUGUGAACAUUGGUAUUAAAGAUUUGAUGUUUGACAGAAAAAAGGUUCAUAUCACAUGGCCAAAUGAGCAUUUCAGUGAUUUUGAAGCUGACUGGCUGAAGAAAAGAUGCUUUUCGCAGCAUGCCAGAGAAAAACUCCGAAGAGAAUUGUUUUUGCCAGAAUGUCAGUACUGGGGCUCAGAGCUCCAGCUACCUUCUUUGGAUUUUGAAGAUGUCUUAAGAAAUGAUGAACAUGCAUACAAGUGGCUCUCCAGCCUCAAGAAAGUAGGCAUAGUGAGACUCACAGGAGCAUCUGACAAACAAGGAGAAGUUUUAAAACUUGGGAAAAGGAUUGGUUUCCUUUAUCUCACAUUUUAUGGACAUACUUGGCAAGUGCAAGACAAAAUCAACGCAAACAAUGUAGCUUACACAACUGGGAAGCUAAGUUUUCACACUGAUUAUCCAGCCCUCCAUCAUCCACCUGGGGUUCAGCUUCUGCACUGCAUAAAACAAACUGUCACUGGGGGUGAUUCAGAAAUUGUAGAUGGAUUUAAUGUGUGCCGAAAGCUCAAGGAAAAAAAUCCACAAGCAUUUCAGAUUUUGUCCUCCACUUUUGUGGACUUCACAGACAUUGGAGUGGAUUACUGCGAUUACUCUGUACAAUCUAAACACAAAAUUAUAGAAUUAGAUGAUAAAGGCCAAGUGGUUCGCAUCAACUUCAAUAAUGCAACUAGAGACACAAUAUUUGAUGUACCUGUCGAAAGAGUUCAGCCUUUUUAUGCUGCUCUGAAGGAUUUUGUUGACCUCAUGAAUUGUAAAGAAUUCAAGUUUACUUUCAAGAUGAAUCCAGGUGAUGUGAUUACCUUUGAUAACUGGCGCUUACUUCAUGGCCGACGGAGCUAUGAAGCAGGAACUGAGAUAUCCCGCCAUCUAGAAGGAGCUUACGCUGACUGGGAUGUGGUAAUGUCCAGGCUUCGCAUCUUACGGCAGAGUGUUCAGAAUAGAAACUGAAUCUCCUAGCUAUAAUUUCAGUAAGAUUCCAAUGACAGCAUUUUGUAAGAUAUGCAAGGUUACUUGUCUUCACAGUCCAUGAUCCAGUUCAUUGUCAUAUUAAUUUCUUUAACAUUGAACAUGUCACCUUUCUCACAAGAGUUUUCUUUGUAAUUAUUUACAAUGCCAGCUCUUUAGAUGUGGUAUCAGUGUUCUCUUUUUUCCAAACAAAACAUCCCUUCUCAUCUAUUGCAUGUAUGAUCUAAUGUUUUUCCUAUAUAUGAGAGUCACCAGAAUGCCUACAAAUAGUUUUGUAUCAAAUAAAACUUUUCUUCAGAUAA